AUGAAGUUCGCCAUCGUCCCCCUCGUUUUGGCAACCGCUGCUUCUGCCACUCCGAUCAAGGUUGUCGAGGACAUCAAGCACGCUAUUGGCUGGCACAAGAAGGGAGGGAAGGGCAGCUGGGGCCCUUCCGGCCCCUUUGAUUUCACCUCGACUUACGACGUGAUCGCUACACCUGACCAAGUUGUCGACAACAACAACACCUUCACCGGUGGAUUGGCUGGAGCCAUUGGAUACUUCAACUUCGGCAUCAACUCCAAGGAGAAUGUCAUUUGCUACAACAUCACCCUGGUGAACUUCCAGGGUGAUUAUCAGUCACCAGCCCGUACGGCCACUCACAUCCAUCAGGCAGAGAAGGGCAAGGCUGGAUCUCCUCGCAUUGCCUUCCCCAACCCCGUCGCCGUCGAUGGGUACCAGAACGUCCGCCGCAGCGUUGGCUGCUUGACCGGUCCUUUCGUGACCGGCGUCAAUGCUACUGGUGUUGACACUGGCUCAGGCUUCACCGUCAGCCAGAUCGAGGAGAAGCCUGAGGGCUUCUUCGCCGACGUCCACUCUAGCCUUGCCGUCCCCGGUGCUGUUCGUGGUCAGCUCAGCGGUGAUGACAAGAAGGACUGCCCGGAAGAUAAGAACUAG